AGUACUCUUACUACCUCUGAGGAAAGGAGUAAAGGAUGGUUAGAAGAAAGAGAGAUUGUGAGGGACUAGCGCUUGAAAGAGUUUAUUCUCUUGACAGACUAACACUACAGACCUGAAUGACUACUCCUGUUUAGGACUCCGUUUAAAGUAGAUAGAGAAUAGAAGUAAUCUCGCGAUAACUUUGAACAACUUUUUCCGUUCACUCUGAUUUGAGCCACAUAACUGGUUUUAAAUGCAACGCUGUUUGAUUAAUGAGAAAAGUAUGGCAGCCGAAACGAGGAACGGCGGGAGUUCAUUGAACAACAACAACUGCAAAGACCACAGCCGGAGAAAGUUACUGGUCGGAGUGGAUCUCUUCUGCCUGUUUUUGGGUAAGAAUUACACUUUCUGUCAAUGAAGUCAUCUGUAACAUGGAUGCCACUUCCACGAGGAAAGUUUCUCACCAGUCAAAUUGUGUUUUCUCUUGAUUCACCGGUGUAUAAAGUGGCAUGUAACUUUACAGGGCUUCCACAUGACUAACUUUUUCACAGUGAAACUUUGACAUGACAUCUUUAUCUUUACUGAAAUAAUCCCUGUUUAUAGUAAUGCAAGAGGAAGUCUGGGCCAGCACCGAUCCCGGUGUUAAAAUGAUUAAACGGAUGAUACUGGGAUCCACUUAAUCCCAGCUCCUUCUUCCUACUGUCCUCAAGAAACUCACCUAAAUCACACCCUGUGGUAGUAAUAUAUAGCCUAUUUUAAAUCAUUAGAGAAAGUUAGUGAUAAGAAUGGCUUUGUCACACUAUUUUAAACAUAAAUUCAGUUGUGAAAUAAUUUAAACAACUGUAAUUUAACUGAAACAGUAUUUAAGCAAACAAGCUAUUUUUCAACUCAACUUUUUUUGUAUGAAAAAUAUCAUUUUAUUUCCAUAAAUGAAAACUUUAGAGUAACCCAAAAUCUGGGGGUAACUUUUUGCCAUUAUUAAACUGAUACAACACAAUAGGCUAACUGCUGUCAGUGAUCAAUAAGUGUUAUCAAAGAUACAGACAGUAUUGGCCUAUUACCAGUACCUGUCAACAGGACCAAUGUUGGCUGAUACUUAGCCAGUACACAGCUAUUAUUAGACAUUAUUUAGACAUCUUAUAAUGGUAAGAUGCUGCUAUUUUUAUCCAGGCGAAAGUAGAUAUCACCAGUCUUAUUAUGUAUUGAUUGGUUAAACUAACUUCAUGUAAUCGUAAUUGAAAGUUAAAAAGGAAUAUAGAUUAGAAUAGUAUAUUUAUUGGCACAGUUUAUUUGGCUUAGGUUUUGCUUCAGCCUCCAUUGUUAGUUGUCAUAAGCAACUGUAGCCUACACAUUAGGCUACAUAUUUUCCAAGAAUUACAUCAAUUUAGUAAGUGGAAGUCAGCCCCACCAAAAUAAAAUAGUGCUGGCAAAGAGGAAACUAAUAAAUUCUCCUUCAGGGAUUUAUGUUUCUUUGCUCUCCACCCACACCUGUGCUGUAGCUCUGCCUGCUUCCUCUCCUCAUUAUAUUUUCCAGAAAGGCUCACAUUCCCCACCAGCAGGAAUUCUCUUGAUCUCAAUAUCUGGCAUUAGACAUGUAUAUAAGUGAGCGUGAGUUUGUGUGUGUGGAGUAAUUAUGGCUGGUGGUUGAAAAGGUCAGACCUGAGUGUGUUCAUGUUCAUCACCACAGGUCCUGUGAUGUUCUGCAGCUGUUAGCGCUGAGUCGAGCUUGUUUUUGUGGAGAUUUGUUGCUCUGAAGUUAAGAUCCAAAUCUCUUUAGAAGAGUUUUCUCAUCUGUACCGUUUGACCUUUCUCUUACUCAACUUUAAUUUUAUUCUACUACAUUGCAGUGCGUUUUGUUUAUAUAUUUUUUGCGCAACAUUGGUUUAAGAAACAGGAUUUCAGACAGCCAAGCUGGGUUUAGCUCAAAAAUAAAAGUGUUGCAAUAGCAUGGGAAAGCACCGGCUAUUGUUUAAACCAUUCAAUGAAACAUCACUGUAAGCAAUGUUUCUCUGACAAGCUAUAUUUAGUUUAGUCUAGCUUUUUGUCUCAAUGGAGGGUAAAUUCCCAUGAUUUGCGUUGUAUGAACACUUCCCACAUUGAAGGUUGUCAGCAAACCAGCAGUGUUUUUGUGCCCUAAGAUGUGGUGUAACACAAGCCACCACAAGGAGGAAAUGGAGGGCCAGUACUUGUAAACACCACUCCUCCACUCUCUCACACUGAUUGCAGUUCUCGUGUUACGGCAUCCAGGCUGUAUCUACUGUGAUCCCAGUGGACUAUCAGUACCAGGAAAGAUAACAUUAGUCAGUACACACAAUUAGAGCUGAGGGGAACUGGAUCCUAAAAAGUAAUACUGGGAAAGUAAACAGCUGUCGACUCUUUGUUUGUGCUUCUCUGCUUGUUUUUUGUUUGUUUGAUGGCUUGAAGCUCUUGUGAGGCGCUAAGGUUCAGUUUCCAUUAAGCCCUAGCAGGUGGCUUCUGUGUUUGCCAGCCAAUCGUCCUGAGUGUGUCCAUGUGCGGUCACCCUGGUUUGGGAUUUGGUUAAAGGUAGUUAAUCAAUUUGACAGUCACCUUCAUUUCUACAUUUUGUGAAACAGGAGACAAUCAGAGUUAAAGGGUCAGUUCACACAAAUGGGAAAAAAUUUUGGAUAUUUUUAAAACUUAAGGAAACAAAAAGAUGAACUCAAUGCACUUAAAAUACAACUUAAACACCACUUAUAAUAAAAAUAACAGCAUAUUGACCAGCCCAGUCUAGCUUUAUCACAGCAUUGACUAAAGACAGUCAUUCCUAUCUGUAAUUUAAAAGAUUACAAAUGAUACAGUUUUUUUUUUAAGUAUUUUUUUGGGCGAUUUUUGCCAUUUUAUUGAUAGGGCAGGAUGAAACGUGGAGAGAUAGAGAGAGAGGGGUUAUACAGAAAAAUUUUAAGAAUGUUUUUACAUUCAGUAAAGCUUCUUUAAUGUUGUAAGUGAUUUAUUGAAGGCUGGAUGAAUGCACAGAUGCCGUUAGUAGUGCUCAUAUUAUGUCUGUAAUGCUAUUUUUCCCUGUGCCUACGUUAAUUGAGGGGCCGAAGCAAAAGAGAGGGAGCAGAAACAUGGACUGAGGAUCGCUUUGUGUUUGCCGAGUAAUAAAUUAAGCAUAAAAUCUGAGGAAAAGGUUUAGCUAUCAGAAAUUCAGAGCAGUGCAACUCAAGCAGGCACAUCCGGUUCUCCCUCCAACUGUGGAACUAAGUUGCACAGCAGGCCAAAGAGGGAGAGACAGACGGACAGACAGACAGAAGGACAGACGCACAGGUUGUGUGGGGUGUGCUACCAGUAAAAACAACUGCAUCUGUGUAUACACCACAACCACCUCAGACAUGUAUACAGCUCUACACCAGACAGUGAAAGAUCCCUGCAAGUGGAAAAUGUGCGUCUGUUUGCUUUAAUAGUCACACUCGGUGUUUUGGCAAACGCCUCCAAAACAUGGUGGGGGAUUUAAUUCAGCGUGAGGCUUAUACUUUGAUUCUAGUUUCCACAAACUGCAGCUACAUGGAAACGCCAGCUCUGAACUGGGGCAAAGGCAAACGGGCAGAGUGUAGGAAAUUCUAACAAGCGAGUCUUAAUGAUAAGUUUUCUCUCCUAUUUUGAUGUGAGACAGUUCAGGGCUGAGAAAGUCAUCAUUUAGAGGCUUUGCUUGUUUUCAGUCUGGGUUCUCAGAUAGAUUGUUGAGAAAACUGCUGGAGGGCAAAACUGAACAGAAGACACCUGAAGAUGACAUUAGAAACUGAAAACUAGUGGGGAAAAAAAAACUUUUUUGUUUGUUUUUGUUGUUUUGAGUUAAUGGUGAGCUAAUGCAAAAGACAUACCUAUGCCUGCUGACUGGAGUUGUUGUUGGCAGGAACAACCCACCUCCUCUCCCUCCUUCUCCUCACCCCCUGGCUGUUAGAAGCGGGAAAAGAGGAAGAGGGUAGGAGGGGAAAAUCCUAGCGAGCAGUGCUGAUGCUGCAGGGUUGUGGCAGAUAGAAAGGGUCAGAGGAGUGAACAGAAAAAAACACACAAAGUCUGGAUAAGAGAUUUAGACAGGGUUUAAUAUUCCUAUCUUUCAAUCAAAGUUGAAGGUACUGGACCCUUUACAGGUCUUCAGAGGCUGGGGGCACUUAAUCAUCAGUCCAUUUACUAUAAGGGGUGUGCGCUUUUGGUCAAGGUGAAUGUAGUCACCCUCACUCAUUGGUACCAGAAAUACACGUCAUCCAAACAGAUGAUUAAUAUUUCUGUUAUUGUUGGACCGCUCUCCACCAGCCAGGGCCGUAGCUCCAGAGAACAGCUACUGUAAUACUCUACUCCCAUCACAGAUAACAGAUAGUAUUUCAAAGUGAGGCACAGUUUGACAGAAAAUAGGACAUUUAUAUAUAAAGAAACAGAAGAGGUAGCGUCAGCUCUGCUAGUGGUAGCCACACAAAAAAAAAAAAAAACAAUGUGAUAAUGUUUACCAACAUAGUCAAUGUUCUGUGUUUAUCCAUAUUAAAGAAAUUUGGCACAACUUAGAGUGUCUUUAAAUGUUUCUAUACCUUUAAACUUGUCAGUUGGUUGGUAAUUAACUUUCUGACAAAGGUAUUUGCCACAUCAGGACUCUUUUGUUUGUGUCUAUGAGUCUUAAAAUGGAGACUCUAAAUGUGUGGAGGAGUAGUAAAUAGUCCUUUAAUCGGUUAGACCACCCAAAGAAAGUUGACUUUUUAGUAAUUUUAUAACUUUUUUUAUAUUUGACAAAUCAGUUUAGUUAAUUUUGUUUGGGAGAAAAAAUAUGUUCUCAAUGUUUUUGAGUGUUUUAAAUGCCCUUGUGCAGGGUCAGAACUGAACUCUUGCUGCCUUUAAAAGGGAUUCAGCAACUGACUAACUCAGCACCAACUUUUUUCAAGCAUCAUCCAAGACAAAACUUUUAAGUUAAUCAAGAGCCCUUAACUGCAUUUUGGAGAUAUAUUUCUUGGUUUUGCAAAAUCAAGAUUAUUUUUUUCAAUGUUAAUGACUGAUUUUAAACGUACAAGACGACUUAUCUAUGAAGCUUGAAAAUAACCUGCAGUUUGCUGCAGUCUUCAGCAGCAGUUACCUGGUGUAUGAAAGUGUUAAAGGUGUUUGUGGAUGUCAGCAGGACUCUGUUUUUUUUUUUUUUUUACAUCAGCCAUUUUACUGUUUUGUUUUUCAGGGCGUUCCUUGUUUUGGGAAGGUCUGCUCGGAUGUGUUCAUGGCCAGGCUAAGCCAACAAAAGAGAUCAGACAUUCAGGAUUCAGUGCACUGUAGAGUCCUGUAUGUUUUUACUGUUAAAAGUCAACUCAGACGUAUCACCAUGCUCUUUCUCUCACCGCCAGACAAGCUGUGGCUCAGAUCUGAUGGUAGCUCCAUCCUGGUGUUUGUUUGAAGAGCAGGAAUGAGAAUCAGAAAGUUAAUAAUGCGAUUCCUGCUGAAUGUGGAGGGAAACCUAGCGUCCUGCAGUUCCCAUCAGGCAGUAGAGCUGUGCCUGUAACCCGAGCUAAAUCCAGCUGGACCUUCAAAGGCCGUCGUCAGCUGUAUGUGUGUGUGUGUAUGUGGACGUCUGGAUUCAGAGGGGGGUUGAGGGGAUCAGCAACUGAAGCAUGUGUUGACAUUUGGUUUGAGAAAUCAUGUCCCCCACCCCUCCACAGCCGUCCCUCCUUCAGCAGCCCUCUCAGCACUGACCUCUACACCCCGGUGCUUUUUGGCUUUGGAGACAGAGGAAGGGAGCGCGUGAGGGAGACAGACAGACAGACAGGGGCGAGUGUUUGUUUUGCUUUGUAUCAGCAGUUGGGAGAUUUAUUCAAAGGGUGACUUGAAAGCUCCAUCAUCAGUUAAACGCCGCUUUGAAGUGAUUCUGAAAGUGUGUUUUUCCUAAAUUCUGUCAAAGAUUUGAGGCCUCUCCUGGGUACCAUGUCCACACUCAAAUUUCAAAGCCCUUCCUUGAAGCCUUUGGUAAACGGGAGAAACUGAGCUGUCCUCUUUGGCUUGCAUCUUAGUAACACCCACUCUGUUUGUUGUCUGGAAAUAAAUAAGAUCUUUUUGCUACUUUAAGUGGCAAAAGACACUAAAUUGAUCAGACGCAGACACCCCCUGAAGGCAUCUUAAAGUGGGCUUUUUCAAGUGCACUUGAAAGCCUCUGCAGACAGGAAGGAAGGCGCUCAUAGUUUUUUUUCUCAUCGGUUAGCAUUGAUGGUUUCUGCUCAGAAAAUGCCACAUCCAACCCUUUUAGUGCGAAGUCAGCCUGUUUGAGCUCAGUUAAAGCACAAAAGUAUCAGUUCAAGUAAAAACAGGAGAAAUGCUUUGAAUUUGGCUGUAAUUAUAACACAUUGUUUUGUAUGUUUUGGCUCAUUUUCUCAUGAUAGCAUCAGCGUCUGUUUAGUAAAAUAGAACUUUAUGUCUACAAGGAGGUUUGAAGCUGUUUGUAUUACUGUCUUUGUCACUGUAUGCUCUUCAUAAUGUCAGCUGUCUCUGUUCUGGUACAAAUACUGUAUCUGUCUGACAUCUGCUCGUGUGUCACCCAUCCAUACAGUGUUGCUUGUUGCCGCGUUUUUGCACAAAUCCCCCUUCCCACCUUACCAGAGAGGAUUCUUCUGCAAUGACAACAGCAUCAAGCUGACCUAUAAGAGCAGCACAGUGUCCAACACCAUGCUCACAGCCGUGGGCGUCACUGUGCCCGUGGUUUCAGUAAGUCCUGUUGUGGUACUGCAGGGGAACCAGAGAGCAUAUGUUGGGAUGGACUCCAUUCAUCUGCUGGUUAACACCUCAAAAGACAUGAUUGAUUGAACAGACUCUGGUUUUGGAUGCUGUGCCUCAUUAACAACAAAUCAUGAGUGCUGUACAUCACUGUCAACCAUUUUCCAAAGCGACUGCAUGUUACUAUUAGCAUUUAUACCCACUUUAAAACAGAGUCAUUGGUUUCCAACUUUUCACUACAGAAAUAAAAGUUGAUGAACAGUUAAUUUAUUAUUAGAAAAAUAUGCAUAUGUGUUUGUGGAGUUGAAGGCCAGCGGUGUACUCACCCCUCUUCAAGGUUCCCUACUACGGGGAAAAAUGCAGGGAGUUGCCUUCUGAGAAAUUAGCGUCAAAUUUAGAUCAAAUUUACACUCCAACCUCCUGGCUACCUGCUGCCCAGGUAAUAGGGGUGGGAGAAAAAAAUCGAUACAGCGUAGUAUGGCAAUAUUUAGUCUGGUGAUAUAUCAUAUUGUCUCAUUUACCAAUUAUUGAUUUUUUAAAUUAGUUGCUAAAAUGAAGUCAAAUCUAUGAUAAUGGAAAAAUAAAAUCAACUGUUUGUUGAGUGAGGUUGGCAGAGGUGACAUCAUAGAGCAGGAGAAAGUUAGUACAACAAAUAUGUAAGAUUUGCAAGAUGUGCUACAUGAAAAUAAAAUACAGUGUAAAUAAGACAAAGAUGAAGGAAAGACAAAUGCUAAAUUAGCUAAACAGUUGAAAAAAAUCGCAAUAUAUCGUAUCGCAAUACUCAAUGUAUAAUACCAUAUCAUGGCCCAAGUAUUGUGAUAAUAUCGCAUCAUGGACUAUCGUGAUAAUAUUGUAUCGUGGGGCCACUGGUGAAUUCCACUCCUACCAGGUAACCCCUCUAAAAUUAUUUUGUCUUUUUUUCUGAAUUGUAUAUUUGGUUUCAGGGAUCAUGUAAAUUAAGAUUUAAGUAAAAUUACAUUUAAAGUUGAUCUGUGUCAAAUGUCUGUGUAGUAACACUCAUGGAAACCAUUGGCAGUCUGAGGAGCUUCAGACAAAUAAUUGCAGUUCGCUUUGAAAAGUGUUCAACAGUAGACGUAGCCCCCAAAAAGAUGGCCCUUUGAAAAUUCAGCACCAAGACCCCACUUAAAGGAAUCUGGACUCAUUAGUUCUGUAUUGGUCCCAGAUAACCUCCUCAAGUGGAUUGAUCCAGUCCCAGAUGCUCCCUGGUUGCCUCUUGCAUGUACCUGCGACCUCUGUAAUUUGCAUAUCAUUAACCCAGCACCUCCAUCUCUCUCUCUCUCUCUCUCUCUCUCUCUCUUUCUCUCUCUCUUUCUCUCUCUCUCCCUCUUCUUUCUUUUUCUAUUGCCACUCACUGCUUCUUCACACAAGCCGGCCUGCCUUUCUUGGUCAUUGAGACCAGCGCUGUUCAGCCUUACCGUAGAGGGUUUUACUGCAACGAUGAGUCCAUCAAGUAUCCAGCCAAAAAUGGAGACACCAUAAGCGACGGUGUGCUUAGCGCUGCUGGCAUUCUUAUCACCAUCCUGUCUGUAAGUCACCUCACCCUGAUCACUAAUGUCAUCUUCACUUCAUUUGUUUCCACAGCCUUCACUGUUACUAGCAGCACCAACUGACGCUUGAAUCAAGAUGUUUCAUCAUUGACUAUGAUAACAGUCACAAUUUAACAACUUAUUAUAAUAUGCUAAUGAUGUGAGAUUUUGAAGCUAUUGGGUUGAUGACAAUUACAACAGGUGUUCAUGUUUUUCUCCAACCACACCGCUUAAGCACCGCACUCACAUUUAGAGAAACACACUUGUGCACACUCCAUCAGAGGACUUUAUCCGACAGUUGGCUCAUUGCGGAUAUAAACUGAGAUUAUCCCACAUGAUUACUGAUUCAGUACCUCUCCACACCUGCGCUCUGGUUGGCUUCAACACAUUCUAGAUAAAAACAGUCAACAACAAGUCCUAUCUUUUAGAGUCCAAGAUUACUCAGGUGAUUAGAGCACCCAGGCAUGGAGCCGUUUGUUGCUAUCUCUUGGGAGAAAAGAGUGAGGAUAGAUCUGAAACCAGCAAAAUAAACCAUUUUCCAUCUGCAGUGUAAAUGAAACUCAUUUUUCUGCAUUUGACACAGCUAAGAGGUCCAUACUUAACUCUGGUAACUCUGCUCGAAACAUUUGUUUGCUAUUUUUCAUUGUGUAUCUGCAAUACUUGCUGCAUAUAUAAGACUAAGUUCUAUACAACAAAGGCAGAAUAACAACGCUGUCUUUAAGAUUAUGGUUAUCAGCAGAGAAAUGACAAGACUGUCAAGCAGCCAGGUAAUGCUUGAAGGUUGUGAGCUUGGAAAGAUCUGCAAACUUAAGGUUAUCUAAGUACCAAUACCAUAGGAAGUUUAUGUACACAUGAUUACGCUCAUUUCAUUUAAAUAUGACAGUAUUGUCCUGAAAACAACAAAACCUAUCCUACCCUGUUUUAUUUGCUGUGAUUGUCCUGGUAUUAUUUUCAACUGAGGUUGAAAAAGUCCUUCUCUAAAAACUAGUCUUAAAAGGGUCGGAGCAAACUAGUUAUGGGGGCCAAAACACUUAAAGGCAGUACACAAACAAAAAAGGAAAAAAGCUAAACUUUAAUUAUUAUUUAAAGCUCCUUUGAAGAGUUUGUGGACAUCUAUGAAAUACACUGAAAUUUACAUUAAUACUUAAUUUAAUGUCCAAGAGUAAACAAGCCCAUCAGUGACGAGAUUGGCAAUUUGUAAGUUUUGCCUUUUAAUGCCUGAAACAGCUGCGAGGGGGGGGAGGUGUCAGUCAAGCAGGUGAAGAAUUCAUUCACAAUGAAUGAGAUAUUUUUUUCAAAAAAACUCUUCUCAAGCAUGUAAAGGAUAAUAUUAACAAAUACUACUUUUUCCACAAGGGGUGCCAUAUUUGACUCAUGUUGUAAGUUCUUCACAGGACCUUUUAAUGACGAAUGAAGUGACUACCUAAAAGCUAUUUAAACACUAUCAACAUUUGAUGAAGUCUGCCUUGACCUCUAUUUUUUUUCAAAUUCAGAGUCCAGUUGACAAUAAUAUUCUCAAUACACUCAUUACUGUUUAGAGUUUUGCAGCCUUGAAUUCAAAACACCAGACUCCCAAAAGCCAUACUGACUGUGCAGCAGCCACCUGGAAAUACACUGUGAAACAUUAGAAACACUCCGACACCUUCCAUCCUAAAUAAAACAACCUCAUUUUGGCUGGCUGUACAACUCUGCAACCAAUAAGUGAUCAACAACUUCCUCACUCAAACUAACAUUUUAAUGAACAUUUAACCCGAGUCUUUCUUGAGCUAGUUACCAGGAACAGUUAUGGAAAGCUACAUCAUUGUUAAAAUGUAGUAACUCUUAUGCAGCUAACUAGCUACAACAUGACAUGUUCAUAACACAUAAGCAAUUUAAAAAGUAUUGGUGAUAUAAUUAGAAAUGUUGUAACCCUACUAAGGAGCAUUAAUGUCUCAGAUACCUGAGAUUACUUUUACUAACAUAGAAGUGAAAACUGCAGAGCUAAAGGCAAACAGCAAUCCCACUAGAUAACACUCUCUAGUCCAGCGCUGCCAAAGCAACAGUUGUCACCCAGCAGACCCACAUGGUCAAAGAUAUCUUUCCUCAUGGCCUGGGUUCUCCAUCGUCUCUCUCUGUAUGCAGCCCAUAGUGCCCUCCCCUUGGAGAGCAGACUAUAAUAUGGGCUUCAGGCCACAAGGGUUUUCAUGGUGAGAAGAGUUGUAGCCCCGUGUAAUUAUGGUUGACGCAAUGGUUGUUCGGUCAAAUACUGUAAUUGGCGGGGUGGAAUUGUGGUGAUGGCCCCAAACAAGACAACUUUGCCAGCUAUAUCACUUUCCCCUGAAAAAACGUGACUCUACAAGCCAUCUCCCCCUCUUUAGAGCGAUUCUGUCCAACCUUUGUUUUUCCUGCACCUAAAAACACCGGCGCUAGGUCAUGUCAUGCUUCGUUUUCCUCUAGAUAGAUCUAAGAAACACAAGGGGCCGUGUUGUUUUGAUUUACACAGUUCUCUUUGUGGAAGAAAUAAAAGCACCGGGGGGCUACUCUCAGAAUACAAGACAUUUGGCAGGAGCCACAAAUCAGUUUUGUCACCCCCCAUGAUUACCUCUUGAGGUUUCAGUGUAACAGCUACAUAUUCUGCAGCGCCAAUUCAUUUAUUGGUUCACACAGUUGAAUCGUUCACACAAGGGGAACCAGAUGUGUGUUCACCCACUUCCCUCUUUCCCAUGAAAGCAGCUGGGCUUUAUCAAGCUGGCUCUAAAGGCCUGGAUGGUGGAAACAACACACUCUAUCGACUUGUUAGAUCUCCUUAAAGGCUAUCCCCGAGCAGAGAGCGUUUCUUGGAAUGAGACUUAUUCCUGCGCCCCAUGAAAGAAUGUCUGAUGAAACUGAGAUACUAAGACGAAAACAGCCAGACAUCCCCAGUGAAACUGGAGCUGUCUCAGAGAGACAGCCGGAGCGCUGAAAAACAAACGUGCCCCCGACGUGUGCCUGGUGGAGUCUGGCCACCAAAAUCAGACACGUCGCCUAGCUCAGCGUUUCUGCUGAUUAGAACCAGCGGUGCCUCCUCCACCCUCCUCCUUACUCCCCCUCUCAGUCUUCAUUCCUCCUCUCACCUUUCCCUUUCUUUCCUUUGCUCCUCCACUCCUCCUUCACACUCUUAUCUUAAAACUCAUUUUUAACUUAAUCUUUUUUCUUUCUACCCUCCCUUAUUACUAAUCUGUCUUCAGUUCUUCUCAUUCCACCCUCACGCUCUGGUUCAGUCUCCUCUUUAACACUUUCAUUUGCUAGAAGACAACGGGAGAUCAUGGGGGAUGGGGAGGUGUUUUUUGAACUUGAACAGCUGUUGUGAAUUAUGGCCAUCCAGCUCCCCCUUUAGUGCGCCUCACACGUCAAUUGUCGGUUUUAGACUGUGGUUUAUUUACACUCUUACAGACAACUAUACAUAGUGGACAGUUUGAGUUGCCUCCCACGUCGUCUCAGUGUUUUCUCUGCAAAGUAGAAUGGCACAGAUGAACACGUUUAACUAUAAAGUAGGACUUCUCAAACCACUUAAGGGGAUUUCUAUUUAAAGUUUCAUAAUUACAUUCUGUGUCUGAAAACGUUAUUUUAAUCUCAUUCAUAACUUACAGGCAGAAAUGUCUUUAACCCAGCCUCAGAUGUCCUACCCCCUAAUGAAUCACACACUUUGAUGCACAUUUCCAAUAAGUCCACAAGAGCUUAGCGCUGUCCCUCGGUGAUACUCACUAAGAGCUGGAAGGCUCGUACGUGAACAAUUUCAGGCCUUUACAUUCUGUAAUUCGGCAAUGCUGUAGAUUUCCCUCCAGGGAAUAACAUUAAGUGGAGUCUGCAUUCACACUUUCACACUUCUAUGAUAGUAACAAGAAAAAGUGGUGAUGGAGGAUGUCAAAAUUCAUUAAAAAAAAAAAAAAAGGACCUCAUAAUAACACGUUGAUUAGAUUUAAUGCAAAUGCUCCAGUAUUUGGCAAAACACUGUUGUGUAGUAAAUAACAUGUGAAAUAUGAGCAUCACACUUAGUAAGCCAACAAGCUUUUCCAUCCAAGAAUCAUGAUUUAUAAAAGCUGUCCCAUUCCAAAUCAAAUAUUUGGCAGCCUCACUUUAACACAUUUUCACUCGUUACUCUGGAGAUGUAAAUGAAUGUGCUUUGGAAUCCGGGUGGACACAUGGACUGGAGCUGUAUCAAAACUAUGCUGUUCACUGACAUUACCAUCUCUUCUGUUCCUUUAGAUCAUCAUUGGGGAAAGCUACAGGAUCUACUACCUGAACGAGGGAUCCAAGUCUUUUGUAGGGAACCCCUACAUCUCCGCUCUUUACAAGCAGGUUGGCGUGUUCAUUUUUGGCUGUGCCAUCAGUCAGUCCUUCACUGACAUUGCGAAAGUAUCAGUGGGCCGCAUGCGCCCUCACUUCCUCGAUGUGUGCAAACCUGACUUCUCCACCAUUAACUGCUCCCUGGGAUACAUCACUGAUUACCAGUGUCAGGGGCCAGAGAGCAAAGUCCAGGAGGCCAGGUAAUUUGCAAAGAAAUUCACAUUUGAGUGUGAUGUGAAAAUGAAAUCUGUUUUUCAGUUCUGAUUGUCCUCUAUUCUUCACAGGAAGUCUUUCUUCUCUGGACAUGCGUCAUUCUCCAUGUACACCAUGCUUUACCUAGUGGUGAGUUACCACAUGAUUUAAAACACAGACACGUUUUAUCACAAAUUUUAACUUUCAGCAUUGAAAAGAAAUAUGUCUUUUAAAUAAUAAUAACCUAGUUUCUACAUCUUAUUUCUGUUAUGUCUUGUCCAGUUUUACCUGCAGUCUCGUUUCACCUGGCAUGGAGCCCGCCUGCUGCGCCCCCUGACCCAGUUCACCCUCAUCAUGAUGUCUUUCUACACUGGCCUGUCCAGAGUGUCUGAUCACAAGCACCACCCCACUGAUGUCCUGGCAGGUUUUGUUCAGGGAGCUCUGGUGGCUUACUGCAUAGUGAGUCAAUUUAACAUAAUUAAGUGUUAUUUAAUUUGUUAGAUCAAUGAUUAUUAAGCUCACAGGUUGACCCAAACAGGUUAAAAAACUAUGAUAAAGUUGGCUACAAGGGCUUUCACAGACAAAUCAAAGUCGCAUAGUCACCUCAGUAUAAAACUGCAGUUUUUGUUAGUAAAACAAGGCUAAACACCAGUCAGCUAGUUAGCUCAAAUCAUUUGAAAAAAAGGCUUUGACGGUCUUAUACAAGCUCUAAAGUGCAAAAUAAGGUAACAGAGUUUGACUGUCAGACCAUAUACACAGGAUAAUCAAAAAAAGCUUAGAUUUUUUUCGCAAUGAAAUGGGAACAUUUAUCUAAAAAAUAGUUUGAUAUUUGGAGUUUGAACAGGUAAUGUCAAUAGGUAUAAACCUGCAGACAAGUAAAUUACAUUUAUACAAACUUUUUUGUUAAAAAAAUGUAAAUGAAAAAAACAAAAGGAAUUAGCACAAAACUCUGAGGAACACAAAGCACAGUUGCUAAAAACAACAAAAAAAAACUCUAAGUAUCAAUGAGGAACAUUAAUAAAACACUUUUAGAAGCUGUACAUUUGUCUUUUUUUACUCAAGCUAGUACACUUAAAAGGUAGAGGAGGAAGUGCACUCUAGCUAAAACCAGAUUUUAUCAGCCCCUCUUUAAAUACAGUUUGUUGUAGGUCGUCUUGAUUUUAAGCUGAGUUGUAAAUCUGCAUCCAAUCCAAGGACUAAUUUUCAUUUUUCUUUUGUUCCUUCAACAGGUUUUCUUUGUCUCUGAUUUGUUCAAGCCCAGAGUCAGACGCUCCACCAUCAUGCCCACCCCUGUGAAAAAAGAGCUUGUUCCUCCAGCAGAUAUCAGAGAGCGGAGCAACCACCUCAUCAUAGCAUAGAGAAGACUGCAAACUGACUACAAAAUCCUGACCUGUGCCAUUUAAAUCACUACUACAGCCACUGGUCAAAACUGGAUAAGAGAAACUCUAAGAGUAUGGAUAAUGCAGACAAAUAGGGAGUCUUGAUCAUCUCAGAGGACGAGAAGAGGGGAUGGAAAACAGGCGAGUAGGCUUUGCCCUCUUUAUGGAAUUUUUCAUCUUUUCCCCGUGUCCCAUUGGACAUUUUAAUGUGGAAAAAGAGACAGAGGGGACCCGAGAUACUUGUUCCUCUUCUGCUAUGAAGAUCACUGGAGAUUCUCCUCCAUCAAGACCUUUCUGUGGACAAAAUUAUGAAAUCAAACAAAACUGAGAAACGGCAGCUGUCAACAAGGCUGUGUGUGGCUUUUGUGCCUUUCCCCCUCAGCUGCAUCCAGCGUGGGACAUAAUCUACGACGAAAAAAACAGAUUCUUUGAUGUCAUGAAGGAUGUUGUUUUUAUUUGGUUUUAUUACAAGCAUAAGAGUUGUACAGUAUGUGUGAUUUGUAGCACUAUUUUAGCUAAACUCAGUACUGUUUGUCACCACUUGAAUGACCUGAAGUGAAGCUUUGAUAAGCUUUGUAAGACUUUAUAUGCUUUUAUUAUGUCCAUAAUAUAGUGUUCCUUAGAAGGCGCACAUAAGUUACAGUAGGUGGAAAGUACGGCGAGAGUGUAUGUGUUGGAUGUGGGCCUCUUUCUGCUGGCAAGGACGAGCCCCCACUGAGCCAUUUAAUGAAAUGACUGUCUGUUACAUGUACCAGACGGGUGCUCACGGGUGUUAGGUCAGAGUGUGCGUGAGUGUAUGUGUGUUACUCCUGUGUAUGUCUGUAUGUUUGGGUGAGGCUUUUCUGUGAGCGUGCCAGUGUGUAUUAAUGUCAUGUCUAUAUAUUUCAGUGUUUAUAGCCUACAAGUGUGCCUCUCUUCAGCUAGAAAACAGGCACCUGCUCCUACAGACAUGUUACUAGAGAUAGAAACACUGUGGAAACAAAGUAUCAUAGACAAUACACUUCCUUUACUGUAAUAGAUCUGAGAAAUAACUCACGUUUUUCAAAAAAAUUAUGUGAUAAACUAUGCUACAUAGGCAUAUGUAUAAUGUGAGUUCAACAUAAAGGCAGGGAACUCCAGAGAUUUACGGUAAAGCACAGUUUUGCCAAAUAUAAUAUUAAAGCUCCUGUGGGGAACUUUUGAUUUGGCUCAAAGUUGAUGCCCCCUGUGGACAAAGCAGUCUUUGCUUUGGUAUCAUUAGUUGUAAAUAAUGAUUUAAAUGUAAUAAGGGGUGUUUCCUGAAACUGCUCAGCUGACACCUACCCCCCACCACCAGUUUCAGGCAUUAAAUACUAUAUAUUAUAACGACGACUAAUCAUGUCAUUGAUGGACUCGUCUGCUUUUAUGAAUUUUUUAAAAAAGCCAUAAAUAUUCAUUUCAGUCUGUUUCAUAAGUGUUAAAAAACUCCCCACAGGAGCUUUAAUAACUCAACAUUUUGGCAAAUUGUACCUGUUCAAUAUCAUCUCAAGUCCCAUAAAGAAAUACAUCCAGGCUAGACGUGAGGCUCUACUUUGUUUCAGACCAAAAUUAUCCCUUUGGAUUUUAUAAUAAUAAUAAUGAUACUGAUAUGUUCACCUGGUAAAACUUUGAGCAAAAAAUGGAGAAACUUUUAACCACUGACUUCAAGCUUCAUCCCAGCUCAGUAAAAAGUGGCAGAGACUCUGAUCUGACUCCUGUUUAGGAAAAAGUGUUUUUCUAUAUUCAUGCCUUGAAACUGAAAAUGUACUCUACACAGCAUUGGAAGGUUCUUCAUGCUGCCAUAUGUAGUACAAUUCUCUAUCAUUGUAUAUAAACAUUAUACGAAUAUAUAUAUAUAUCUUUUAAAAGAUAUAUCUUUUAAAGAAACUCCCACUAUGACUUGUGUUGAGACCUGUGUAAAUGUAAAACAUGCUGCUUUAAAGAGGCAAAACUUGGCAAUGUCCUCCAGUACAGUUGACAACUUGUGAAUAAGAAGUUUUAUGCAAAAACAAAGCUCUCACAGCAGAUAGCUUCAGUACAUUUUUAUUAAAAAAUGCUUUUCAAUAUUUUUGUAAUGUCAUGUGAAAUUUUGUACAAUGAAACUGCAAGACGUAUCAAAGAUAAAAUGUCUUUAAUAAAGCACAAAAGAUCAAGCACAGA